AUGUCGCUAAUUAAGAUUUUUCUCUCUGGUAGCCUAACACCCACCAUCGAUCCCAGUGGUAAUCGCAGUUACAUGCUUGCGAACCCGCCGACGUUGAAGGAAGCUAUAGAUCUCGCUGCCAAGUACGAUAUAACCCACUUCGUGGAAGAUGCCAAUGAUCGCCAAGUCCACAUCGAAAUAAAGCGGCACUCAAGCGGACAAAGUCAUGAAAUAAGAAGCCUUUCCAGGGAAAACGUUACCCUGACAACGGUGGGCUCAAUCCAAAACUUGACACUUAGCGCAUCGAAGAUCGUACCGCAAGAAACCAGGUCUAUCCAGACUGACUCCUACGCUUGGAAGGGAGAAGAAGCGACGCAGAAAAACAAGAGCCCCCGUCAUUGA